AUGUUCGGAAUUCGUCAACGGCGUGUGCCAUCGACUUCCGGUCUCGAGAGCGAGCUCGGUGCUCGUGCUGCUCAGGGGAAAGAAAACUGCGGCAAGUUGAUGGAGUGUGUCUUUAAACAGGGAAGCGAUCUGCCUUGGAAUAAAGUUUUCUACGGUCAUCAUCGAAUGCUGUUCACCACUGAGACGAUUGACAACUUCUCCGAAAAGUCUAUCUCAACUUUGAAUGGUUCUCCGAGUGGGGUGGCACGUGCCAAGUUCCUCGGAAAAUUUGUGGAGAUUGCUGCAUCAAAAUAUUGCUUGGACGGCGUUGUCAAUAAUCGCAGCGGUGAAGCAGCGAGCGAUUUCUUGUAUUUGUCUGGAAACCGAGUCUACUCGACGCUUGAAAGGGAUAACCCAACGAAGCAGAACAUCCGUUCUGGUACCGUUGUGGACACUUGUAUCACGCACCCACAUCAUCGAGAAUUCUACCUGAAUGCCCAUGUUGGAUUGCAAGGAACAGCAAAAACGCCACGCUACACCGCAAUGGCAUAUGAUUUGUGCAUUAUGCACCAAAUCAUGAACAUGCCCACAGCACUUCCAUCUCCACUGCGAAUCGCUGAAGAGUAUGGAAACCGUGGAAAGCAAAUUCUUCUUAAGCACUGAAGGGUAUCGAUCUAUCAGCAAAUCGCCGGCCUCGCGAUGACUAAUAGCAAGGAAAAUCAGGAAAAUGCAGCUCCCAAGCUAGCUUUGGCUUCUACUGAAUUGAAAGAAUGGCCAGGAUUCAUCCAAGAACGAAUAGCUCUUUGGGACAAGCUUAUGCUAAAACACAAAGAAGAGUUGGCUAACAAAAAAUCGGAGCCGAUCAAAAUAACUCUUCCUGAUGGGAAACAGUUUGAUGGUCACUCGUGGAAAACCACACCUAGCGAUAUUGCCCAGAGCAUCAGCAAAAGUUUGGCUGAAAAUGCGGUUAUUGCGAAAGUGAACAAAGAAUUGUGGGAUUUGGAUCGACCAUUUGAAGGUGAUGCCACUCUGCAAAUUCUAAAAUUCGAUGAUGAUGAUGAGGCCAAACAGGUUUUCUGGCAUUCGUCGGCCCACAUUUUGGGAGAAGCACUUGAACGUUUUUGUGGCGGUCACCUUUGCUAUGGGCCUCCAAUCGAAGAGGGUUUUUACUACGAUAUGUGGCAUGAGAAGCAAACUAUUGCCCAGGAAGAUUUUUCAAAACUCGAUGAAAUUGUUAAAUGUGCUGUUAAAGACAAACAAAAGUUUGAAAGGUUGGAAGUUUCGAAAGAAGAUCUUUUGGAGAUGUUCAAGUAUAAUGAGUUCAAGGUGCGUAUUCUCAAAGAAAAAGUUAAAACGCCCACUACAACCGUCUAUCGCUGUGGACCACUAAUCGAUCUUUGUAGAGGACCCCACGUGAGGCACACCGGAAAAAUCAAGGCCAUGAAAGUAACAAAAUCAUCGUCUUCAUAUUGGGAGGGAAAUUGUGAAGCGGAGACUCUUCAACGCAUCUAUGGCAUUUCAUAUCCAGAUUCAAAGCAAUUGAAAGAAUGGGAGAAACUUCAAGAAGAAGCUGCCAAAAGGGAUCACAGGAAAGUAGGCCUUCAACAAGAGCUUUUCUUCUUCCAUCCAUUGAGUCCCGGAUCUUGUUUUUGGUAUCCAAAGGGAGCUUUGAUCUUCAACAAGUUGUGCGAUUUUAUCCGCAAGCAAUAUCGUGAUCGAGGAUUUACUGAGGUGAUCACCCCAAAUAUGUAUAAUUCAAAAUUGUGGGAACAAUCUGGUCACUGGCAACACUACAAGGAUGACAUGUUUACAUUUGUUGUUGAGAAAGAACAGUUUGGAUUGAAACCAAUGAACUGCCCUGGACACGCUUUGAUGUUUGGACACAUGCCUAGAACACAUAACCAGCUACCCUUCAGAUUUGCUGAUUUUGGUGUUUUGCACAGAAACGAAAUGUCGGGUGCUCUUUCUGGCUUAACACGUGUCCGUCGCUUUCAACAAGACGAUGCUCACAUUUUCUGUCGGCGCGAUCAAAUUGGAGCAGAAAUCAAAGCUUGUCUGGAUUUCCUCGAGUUUGCCUAUGAAAAGGUGUUUGGCUUUACUUUUCGGCUUAAUCUUUCCACGAGACCUGAGAACUUCUUGGGAGAAGUUGCUGUUUGGGAUGAUGCAGAAGCCGAACUUCAACGAGCUCUGGAAGAAUCUGGCAGAGUAUGGAAACUCAAUCCUGGAGAUGGAGCUUUUUAUGGACCAAAGAUUGAUAUUACUAUCCAGGAUGCUCUCAAGCGCAAUCAUCAGUGUGCUACUGUUCAAUUGGACUUCCAGAUGCCGCAACGCUUUGAUCUACAUUAUUUUGAUGAAAAGGGUGAGAAACAGCGGCCAGUGAUGAUCCAUCGAGCCGUGCUUGGAUCAGUCGAGAGAAUGACGGCUAUCCUCACAGAAAGCUUUGGUGGCAAGUGGCCAUUUUGGUUGAGCCCUAGACAAGCAAAAGUCAUCACUGUUCAUGAAUCGGUAAAUGAUUAUGCCAAGGAAGUCAAAGAAAAGCUCUACAAGGCUGGAUUUGAAGUCGAGUACGAUGAGGGAUGUGGUGACACUCUGCCCAAGCAAGUUCGGAAUGCUCAACUUGCUCAAUUCAACUUCAUUCUGGUGAUUGGGCAAAAGGAAAAGGACAAUGGCACUGUCAACGUUCGCACUCGCGACAAUGCUGUUCGCGGUGAAGUUCCUGUCGAUCAGCUGAUUGAGAAAUUCGAGCGUUUCAGCCGCGAGUACACUCGAGACACGGAAAGUGCUGGUGAUUUC